UUCUUUUUCACAUUUUUACACCUGCAGAUCUGUCUGACAGAUGCGCGUAGACAUUUUCAGGAAGUGACACGUUUCCUCCAACGGAGACGGCGAGCGUUUCGUCCUCAGAUCGUUCUCAAGUAGGAUCCAGACGAAUCGUUCACAAGGCGUCUCGUUAACGGACCGCGGCUUUCGUUUGCGUUUGGACUGCCUCCUGUUGUGAUUGAAGGCUGCGUGUAGUACUUUAUUCCUACAACAUAAUCUGAGGCUUGGUCACAUGACUCUUUUUCCCUCGUGAUGCCAUUGGCUGGUUGGAGGGCUGGUGGCUGAAUGGGGUAUUUAUUUAUCAUUCAUGUGGGUCUGUGAUUGCUGAACGGUUUCACACACACGUGUCAAACACCAGGUGCUGUGCCUCUGUAUCUUUGCCUUCCGUUUAUCUUUACAUUCUUUAAUCUGUCAACACCUCCAUUAAAUGCAUGUCUGGUGGGACUGCGUUUAAAUCGGUGUGUGUGUGUGUGUGUGUGUGUGUACAUGAGAUCAUAAAAGGAAUAUUGGUAAUUUCUUAUUAAGACCACAUAUUGCCUGCCAGUAUUCAGACAGGGUUGAUGUACAUGGUGCGGAUUUGACUGGUCAGGUCUGGCAGGGAUCUUGCAGUGCUCCAGAGCAGCAGUACGAGGGCGGAGCUCUUAUUGGAGGAUCUGAGCGAGAAGGUCCCCCACAGCCCUGCUCUCCACCGCGUGCAGUAAAUCCAACGGGACGGAUUCGCCCUUAACACCAGAGCGGAGGGAAAUAAACGUUGGCGGCAAGCGUGCCACCGCCGUUAAAACUGGGAGAGUGCUUUGUGCGGAGACUGAUGCUAAUCUGCACUGCGACAAGAAAAGGCUAACAGAGCUAACAGAGUUGCUGUGUGGCUGCGAGUGGCUGUUGUCUGAAUGGUAUCAACACGCUUUUUUAAAUUUUUAUUUCAAUGCAGCACUCCGGGAGAUUUAGUGAACUGGCCGAGGCGUUUGACAUUAAAUAUGUAUUUUAACGGCGUAGAAAGUCGUAAAAGUACUCCCUCAAAGGAAAAACAAACGAAUAGACGUUUUCAUGGGCCAGGUGGAAUGUGGUGAACAUUGAUGAGCACAGCCAGGGAUCUGGCUAAUCUUAUUCACAGUCCUUCUGCAGUCUUUUGAAUGUUUCAAAGGGCUUUGCAGUCGGAACACAUUUUUAAAUGUUCUGUUGUAAAGGAUCGUCAAAGCAACUGGCAGAGGUUCCCACGGUUCCAGGAAAUGUACAUUCCGGAAAUCCCCGGAAAGUGGUCAACUCCCCCACUGUAGUUAAAGAAGUCAUGGAAAAUCUCACUGAAUGUUCAUGCUUCAGAGCAAGCUAUUUUAAAGCUCCUCUUUCUCUCUAACUCGCGUGCUUAAUGUCUAACUUCCAGUGUCAGUGUGCUGAUAUUACUAAGGAAUGGGCUCGUUCUUUGAGUGGGUUGUAGAAUUCUGUAGAAGACACCGUACCAAUGGUUCUUGGCUACACUCGACCACUCACAAUCAACAUUGUAGGGACAAACUGUCCUGAAAGGAACAAACCGGGGACAGGCAGGAAGCAGCGGAGCAGCGUGGGUCCGGGGAAGCCGGUGGCGCAGCCGCGGCGGAACAUGGUGGGCUGCCGGAUCCAGCACAACUGGAAGGAGGGGGGCGGGCAGGCCACGCAGUGGAAGGGCACGGUGCUGGACCAGGUGCCCGUCAACCCCUCCCUCUACCUGAUCAAGUACGACGGCUUCGACUGCGUCUACGGCCUGGAGCUGCACAAGGACGAGCGCGUGCAGAACCUGGAGGUGCUGCCGGACCGAAUCGCCUCCUCGCGGAUCAGCGACGCCCACCUGGCGGACACCAUGAUCGGGAAGGCGGUGGAGCACAUGUUCGAGACGGAGGACGGGUCCAAGGACGAGUGGCGGGGCAUGGUGCUGGCGCGGGCCCCCAUCAUGAACACCUGGUUUUACAUCACGUACGAGAAGGACCCCGUUUUAUACAUGUACCAGCUCCUAGAUGACUACAAAGAGGGAGACCUGCGGAUAAUGCCUGAUUCAAACGACUCCCCCCCCGCGGAGAGAGAGCCGGGGGAGGUGGUGGACAGCCUGGUGGGCAAGCAGGUGGAGUACGCCAAAGAAGACGGCACCAAAAGGACUGGCAUGGUCAUCCAUCAGGUGGAGGCCAAGCCGUCGGUGUACUUCAUCAAGUUCGACGACGACUUCCACAUUUACGUGUACGACCUGGUCAAAACGUCCUAGGCCUUUCACCGGGAGAGGAGAGCGCCGUCGGGAGGCGAAUCCUACAGACUUUGCCAAAUCGUUUUUUGGACAUUCUUGCCCCCCUCCCCCCCACCCCACGCGACAGCUUGAAACAAGAUGGACGAUAUCUUCACGGGCUAUCGAGGAAGCCUGUCCCCCCCCCCUUCCCCCUAUGAAAAGGGAUCUUGUUUAUUUCCAGUUGAAGAGAGAGCUCUGCACAGCUUUAAAAUAUUGACCAGCUGUGUUUUCUGUUUCAGAGACCAAGUCUGGAAAAAAAUCGAUAUAUCGUUUUUGUUGCCAUGAAAAGAAAGGGUUUCUAUCUUUCUAUAAUAUGUUUACUUAAAUAGCGUAUGGGGCAUAGACACAUAUAUCCUUAAAAUACUUAAGAGAGUUUAACGCUUUAGUGCAGUUCUAAAAAAGAAAAGGUAUUCAAACACUUCUAAAGUUUUUUUUUUUUGGAAAUCUUAAUAUCCUUUUGAUCUGUACUACUUCUACACACUCUAAAAGUGAUCAACAGUCCAGUGUAAAACAUCUAGCUUUGAGGACUCCAGAUUUGUAAAAGGACUUAAUCCUGUGGCAAAUUUAAAAAAACAACUAAAAUAUUGUCUUUAUUGUUUCAAAUUUUACAAUGACAUGUAUAGAUUUGUAGUCUUCUUUAAUCUGAGUUGGAAUUAAAUAUUGUGGCACAUAACUAAAUUUUUUCUCUCGGAGAAACGUUUUAUUCCAGAAUGCAUUUUUUAUGUCUUUAUCCUCUCAUCUAAGUAUUGUUUUUCAAAUUAUCUUUACCUCACUGUAGUUCCUAACAGAGGUAAAGCUGUUCACCCUUUCUCAAAAUGCACUGCUCGCUUUUAGUCACAAAGUGACAAAGUAACAUUGAAUAGCUUAACGAGUGAAAUGAACAGUAUUUGAAAUUACAUUAAAAUAGCAACAAAUGGUUUUUCUGUAUUUUUCAACGUGAGUAUGCAACAGGGCAAAUUGUCGUUAUUUUUAAGGCCGUACCUAACAACAGUUUGGAAUCUUUGUCCCCACUACAGCUGCUUUUUAAUUUUGCCUAAUUCAGUUUAAGCCUUAAGGUGCACGCCUCCUUAAAACUAUGAAUGACAUCGGAACAGCAGAACAGAUCAUCGACGCAUUCCCUUCACACAAAAAAAAAAAAACCCACUGUCCAGAAUGGGUAACCAAAAAGGCCUCUAUGGGCGUUUCCAGUGCCGUUCACCGAGAACCCUAAACGCUGAGAACCCACAGCCAUAAGUCCUGUUCAUCCUGAUAGUGGACAGUGUUUCUGUGAGCCUCUGAAGGUUCAUAUUUUGUAUUUGUACACAAAUAGCAGUGAAAGCAAAAUAAUAGCCCCCGUUUUGGAGAAUAGGUCCUCUUUCAGUCUGACGUCAGUGUGCAUUGUCAUUAGUUUUUGCUUAAAAAAAGUUCAGUGAUGAACUCAGUGGGGUAGGCUAUAUUCAUAAAGCAGCUGGUACCUGGCAGCCUAAAGCUGUUUUUUUCCAUCGCCUUAUUAACCUUAAUGUCUGUUUUAGCAUGUAUGUGAUGGACACCAUCGUUAUGGAAACAGCACUGAUACAGUAGUAGUUGCUAGGCUGUCGAAAAUCAGUAUGUAAAUGAUGUAAUAUCUAUGCGAGCACUAACGAGGAUGUCCAGCUAACAGCCAGAGGGAGACUGGUCCUUCAUGUGAAGCACGGCAGGUGCUCUGUGAAGCAUCGGUGAGCUCUGAUAGCCACGCUAUGCGCUGGACUACAGAGGCAGCGCAGCCUGCUCUCCUGACAGUGCGCACGCGAUACAUAUCCAUUCUCCACCUCGGUCACCGCUGCGCUCGCGUUCUCGUCAUCGCAAAUGACCGGUCUUGACAAUCUGCGGUUUCCGUGACGUUACGCGGUUUUUCGGACGCCGCGGACAAUCGGCCCCCUCUAGCUGCUGAAAGCCCGAGACGGGACUGGCGUGAGAUUUUAGCGGUAGAGCUACGGAGGUGUCCUUUCGUGCACACUAAAUCGUCCAGUGCUAAUUCAGCUCUACCCCGGUUCAUAUUGAGACCGUAUGUACCAUGUAAAGAGUUGAUUUAACACUUUAACAUUUUGCUGUGUGGAUAUUUGAGAUUGCUUGCUGGAAAGGGGCUUUUUUAUGUCAAUACCAAAGCAGCCGGAUAGCAUUCGGCUUACACUUUCAUGCAUUUAUAAGUGAAACAGUUUCAGCGGCGUUUAGCAUCGCCAUGAACGUUAUGGAUCUACCCCAUUGUGUUCAGAGAGAACUGAAAAAGAAAAUGGAACAUCUGUGCAAAAUUUAUUUAAAAAAAUAUUUCAACAAUGCUUAGACUGAUUUCAUAAUCAAAAGGACAUUACACAUUCAGACUGAAUGGAGGCCUUCCUGUUCUUUAACAAGGAUGGAUAUUCAAGUGGCCAAAAAAAUGAAUAGUAUUGGCAGCUGACAAUGUAGUAUUGUUAAUAAUGUUGAUAUUGUUUAUAUUGUUACUGUGUAUUGCCAGUGCUUUUUUUUCUAUUCUCUCCAUAAAGCUGACCUCCCCCCAUUACGCUGCUGAUGAUGCUUGCUUUGUGUGCGAAAAGAACAGGAACCUGUUCAGAAAUACAGCUUAACUCACUCCUGUGUGCAAAAAAAAAAGAAAAGAAAAAAAACUUGCUGUUUAUUGCUUUCUUAUACUUACAGGACAGUCAUUCGCUUGGGGUUCAAGUUUCAGAGCGACAUGCACCUCUUGUUACCCCGGUAACUAAAUGCAAGGCCCUCGUUACAGGGUUCCAUUUUAUUCCAAACUGCCAAAGGGGCUUGUGUGGGUGCAAGGCCCAGUCCGGCAUGUGUGUGAGAUUUACUGUCCUUUUCACAUUUACCUACUGUAGUAUUGUACCGUGUUUGACGUCAGUUCCGCAUUGAACGUUAUUUAGAGAACAGACCAUUCUUUUUUGCAUGCGUAGAAAAGUUUGUUACUUAGUGUGAACUGCAUGUCUGAUUCUUCUUUUUUAUUUUUUAUUAAAAAAAAGGUCAUUUAUGUUACUUACAUAUGCUAUUUGUAAGUUUUGUUUUCGGUUAGGCCUAGAUUCAAACCAACUGCAAUGCACUUUGUCGAUAAAGUUUGAGUACCCAUGCCUAUAAGUUUUUUUUUGUUUGUCAUCUCCUACAUGUUUUUUUUUUUUUGGGUCUAUUUCACUUAUCCCAGAACUCGUUGCAGUAUUUUCUGUAAAUAUUGAAGGGGAGAGCUGUUGAGUAAUUUGAUACUUAGACAAAGUGCUUUGCGGCUUGAUUUAAUAGGGUCCUUAUUUUUAAACUUUUGAUCUGAGAGGAUCAAAUGCACUGGUAUUGCAAAGAGUGCCAAUGAACUGGAAAGUUACCAGUGUUGUACAGCAUUUGAGGGAUCAUAUCAUUUCCAAAAGAAUAUAAAUUCCUCUAAAACAGGCAGAUAAUUUCAAUGUAUCCUUAUGAGUGCCAUAAAGUAUAUACACAAGGAUAAAUGGCCUUUUGUGGCAGGGGAAAGGUGUGCGUGUGUGAAUGUGUAUUUCCGUAUGUGUGAGUGUGUGUAUUUCUGCAUGUGUGUGUGUGUGUUUCCGUAUGUGUGUCUGUGUGCGUGUGUUGUAAAAAAUAAAAAAAAUAUUGUGUACAUUUUAAGUUAAACACACUUCUUUUUUCAGAGGUAUAUAGUGAACAAAGUGAAGAGACUACACUAUGGUCCCUUUGAGAUGCUGUCACUUUCUAAUUUUAUUUUGUGUAAUACAGUGCAAUUUUCUGGCGAAGGGUACAUGUGGAGUUUAAAGGUCUUCAUGGUUUUUGCGUCUAGGUAAAUGGCUUAUAUUGGACAGCUUGUUCAUUUUGUUUUUGGAACAAUGUAGAUAGUUCGUUAUUUGCAUUUAGUAAAGUAUCAACACUUUAAAACAUGUUACUUAAUUCUGUAAGUAAUUUUUAUAAUUAUGUAAGUCUAUCAUAACAUUUAAAAAUAAAAAAUUAAUGUGAAA